AUGGCUUUUGCCAAACGCCAAAACAUAAGAAGGGAACCUCAUGCCGAUCCAGCUGGAGAACGGAGUCCCAGUCAGGAAUGGGGACCUCACCAAUUCUUUUCAGAUGACCAUGUGCCAGUGCGCACACUUUCCAUUAAGCAGCGGGCAAGCCAACUGGCUGCCCUCCUGGAGCAGAGGCCAACGACCGGCCAUCAGCCAGAGACCGAGCGAUCUCGUCGAUCUGUGGGUGAACAGUGGGAGCGCUCCCUUAGCCUCCGUUCUUCCAGCCGCCCGGCUUCUCCCUCAUCAGACUCCCUCAGACAGAAGUAUAUAAAGAUGUACACAGGCGGCGUGAGCUCAUUGGCUGAGCAGAUAGCCAAUCAGCUUCAAAGGAGAGACCAGCCUAAAACCCUUCUAGGCAAGAAGGAACUGGGUUCAUUAAAGAAAGAAUUCCCCCCAAAUGUGGGAGGCAGCGACGUCUGCUACUUCUGCCACAAGCGUGUCUACGUGAUGGAAAGGCUGAGCGCCGAAGGAAAGUUCUUCCACCGCAGCUGCUUCAAGUGCGAAUACUGUGCCACCACCCUGCGUUUAUCAUCGUACGCCUAUGACCUGGUGGACGGGAAAUUCUACUGCAAGCCUCACUACUGUUACAGACUUUCAGGUUAUGCACAGAGGAAGAGACCUGCAGUGGGUCCUUUGUCAGGAAAGGAUAACAAAGGGACCCAGCAGGACACCAUGGCCGCUGAUGGUGCAGGGCGCGCAAGCUCCAUCUCAGCAUCAUCAGAGAGGACACCAGCUCCCAAUGUCAACGGCCUAGAAGAACCCAGUCUCGCCAAGCGGGUACGUGGCACGCCAGAGCGGAUUGAGCUGGAGAAUUAUCGGCUCUCGGUCCAGCGGGAAGAAGAACUAGAAGAAGUGCCCGAGGAGACGCUGGCGGAGCACAACCUCAGCAGUGUGCUGGACAAAGGAACAGAAGAGGAUGUUCCCAGCAGUAGUUCAGAAUCUGAGAUGGAGGAAGAAGAGGAGGAGGAGGAGGAAGAUCGGCCACAGCAACCCACCUCUGACCUGGGCGGCGUGCCGUGGAAAGAGGCGGUGCGGAUACAUGCCAUGCUGAAGGGGAAGAGCGAAGAGGAUCUGGAGACUGAGAAAAACCAUGAUGUGGAGGAGGAAGAGGAGGAGGAAGAGGAAGGAGAGGAGGAGGAGGGAGAAGAGGAGGAAGUCUCUAGCGAAGAGGGAGAGUAUUACCCUUGGCAGAGUGAGCUUCAGCAAGGCCUCUGGCUUCAACAUCUCUCAAACGAAGAGGACUCGGGUACAUUUAAAGCUGGAAACCUGAGGCUGCAACAGAUAGUAAAUCCGGUUGAUCCCCUGGAGAUCUUGGCAGAUGUGCACUGGACACACAUCCGUCAGAAAGAGGAGGAGGAAAAAGUGGGCCCUGCCUCUAAGUCCUCCACCUCCAGAGCAUCCGACCUACCCUCCGUACGCCACGAGGCGGUGCAGGCGUGGCUGCAAACAGUCCCAGGAGUGUCCCUUCCGUCGCGACGGAAGAUUUGCCAACAGCCGCAAAGGAGGAGAAAGAACCGAAACACCGCUGGAGUUUCUCCCCCCUUGGUUAAUCCCUGCAAACCUUGCCUACCAGUCGCCUCACCCUGCGAAAAGGCUGCUCCACUGUCUCCAGUUCUAAACCACGAGGAAGAACCAAAAGAGGACUCGAAGGACUCCCUCACAACAAUGCCCUGCCAAAUGAGGACUCCAGAAGCCCGUUUUUUCCCCGAUCCAUUCCUCCCCGAUCCAUUCCCAUCAGAAGAGAAGACACAAGAAGAUGCCAUCCCUGAGGAUCAAAAAGUCACAAGCCCAACCGCGCCACUCUCUCCAAUACGGUCACAGCCAGUUGCCCUUCCCGAGAACGUCUCGCCAGCAUCACCUGUGAAAUCAACACCAGCAUCUCCCACGUUACCGACACCUCCGCCUGCGACCCCCCCGCCUAUAUGUUCACAGCCUUUGCCCUCUGCCGAAGCAUCCAUUCCAUCUCCAGUGGAGCCACCCGUCUGUUUUCAGCCAGUCCCAGCCUUAACCUCUACUCCUUUGGCCAAACUCGCCCUGAAAAGUCAAGACGGUGAGAUGGAAAGAUUGGGGAGCCCUACCUCAGCCGAAGAAGCCUUGAAACGUAAUAACCUUGUGGAGGAGUUCUGGACGAAGAGUGCUGAAAUCCGGAGGAGUCUGGGUCUCACCCCUGUGAACAGAGGCAGGGGGGAGUCAAGCUUUAGUACCAUCUCACCCCUUGCGUCUAGUCCCCUCAAAUCGUAUACUCCUGAUGGUACCCCAGAAGAUAAGGGAAUCCCUCUUGUAAAACCACAGCCAGCCCCCCGAAAGCCAGUCACACCCAAGCUGGAUGAACAGUUUUCUCUGCUGACACCGAAGUCCCCGUCAGAGAGAGAGCUGAAAAAUUCAAGCGACGUCAAGAGAGACCUGUCCAGCAGUUCUGGGCUUGGCCUUCAGGGCAGCUCUUCCAACAUGAGAACACUAGCCAGCCAGAGUUUCAACACUUCCGAUUCCACCAUGCUCACUCCUCCAUCCAGUCCCCCUCCUCCUCCACCUCAAAACGAAGAGCCGGCCACACUGCGAAGGAAGAGGCAUCAGGCCACUUGGCAGAACGAGGCCGAAUCGAAGCCAGCUUCCGAGCAAACGCCUCUUCCUCCACCAGCAAAUGAGCGUAACAGUCCUGCCAGGGAUCCACCCCAGCCUUCUCGAGAGGAGGUGCGGAAGUCGUUUGUGGAGAGCGUGGAUGAGAUACCGUUUGCUGACGACGUCGAGGACACCUACGACGAGAGGACCGAAGAUACGAGCCUUCACGAAAAGUACUACACGCCCCCUACCAGCCGGUCAAGACCAGAGAAACCCCUUCACCUACAUUUGGUGAAGGAGAACGGUGGGCCGCCAUCGAUGGAAGGAGGAAGCCAGCAGAAGAGAGGCCUGCCCCAAGUCUCCAUGGAAGCGAAGGAACUAGCUGAGGAGAGAAUGAGAGCUCGAGAGAAAUCCGUGAAGAGCCAAGCUUUGCGUGACGCCAUGGUUAAGCAGCUGUGCAGGAUGAAAGAUCUGGAGACGGCCAAUGCUGCCAGUGCCACCAAAUCUCACAAAGCCUCGACUGUGCCCUCAAAGACCAAAGAGCUGUUUUUCGAGUCCCCGAGACACGCGAAGGUGGGUGAAGUCCCCACACUGAAGCACGAAGCCAGUAGUGAAAAGUUCUUCUCGCCCUUUUCGGAUAUCAGUGGGCGCGAUGCAUCAGUCACCUCCUCAGAAGGUUCCGGAGGGAAGAGCAAGAAAAGGACUUCUCUCUUCUCGCCUCGUAAGAACAAGAAGGAGAAGAAGUCCAAGAACGACAGCAGGGUCUCGGACAAAUCCAGCAGCGCGGCUGAAGAAGCCACCAAGCCCAAAUCACUGUGGAAAUCUGUGUUCUCCGGUUAUAAGAAAGACAAGAAGAAAAAGGCAGAUGACAAAUCUUGCCCAAGCACACCUUCCAGUGGGACCACAGUGGAUUCUGGGAAACAUAAGGCAUCUCCACUGGUUAGAGUGGCAGAUUUGCAGCUGCGUCGGCACUUAAGCUUCUCAGAGGAUUCUGACCUCUCCAAUGAUGACGUCUUGGAACGCUCUUCACAGAAAUCCAAGCGAGAGUCGAUUUACGUACCACACGCCUUGGCAUUCAAGAGGUCAUACGCAUCAAAGAGGGCGUACACGGAGGACGAGCUCAAUGCCAAACUGACCAGGCGGGUGCAGAAGGCAGCCCGCCGACAAGCCAAGCAGGAGGAGCUGAAGAGGCUGCACAGGGCACAGAUUAUCCAACGGCAGCUGGAGCAGGUAGAAGAAAAGCAGAGGCAGCUGGAAGAGAGGGGAGUUGCUGUGGAGAAGGCCCUUAGGGGAGAAGCAGUUGAGCCCAAUGCCGGGACACCACGCCGUAGACCUCUCUCCUUCUGCCCUUGCUGUGCCCAUGAAGGCAUGGGGAAGAAGGACGACCCCAAGCUAAUGCAGGAAUGGUUCAAGCUGGUGCAGGAGAAGAAUGCGUUGGUGCGCUACGAGUCAGAGCUGAUGAUAUUCGCUCGUGAGUUAGAACUGGAGGACAGGCAAAGCCGGCUACAGCAAGAGCUCCGAGAGAGGAUGGCGGUGGAGGAUCACCUCAAGACGGAUGAAGAGCUGUCUGAGGAGAAGAGGAUCCUGAAUGAAAUGCUAGAAGUGGUGGAGCAGAGAGACUCUCUGGUGGCCCUCCUUGAGGAGCAGCGGCUCCGGGAGAGAGAGGAAGACAAGGACCUGGAGGCGGUCAUGCUAUCCAAGGGGUUCAACUUGAACUGGUCCUGAGCUUACGCUGUUCCCUGCUGCUGAUCGGUGACGUCCUGUUGGCGUAUGCUAAGUUGGCUGGAGCUGCCUGGGUGGUGGAGGCAGCUUGGUGUAGAAACCUCAUUGGACGGGGUUGUUAUUUCAGCAUCUGACUGCUUGAGCUAGAGGCUCCCCCCUCCAAAAGAGGCCGGUUCUAGAGGCGCCGAGUCCAGUGUGGGGUCUGCAAACCGAAGCCUAAGGUGGGCGGCCUGAGGUUGCGUGCCUUCCUCGCGGACCUGUGCAAGAGGCCAUUGAGGGGUGUGUUGUUUUUGUCUGUUUAUUUGUUCCGCAUUCUUUGAGAAACUGCUCACAAACCUUCUUGGAAGGAGAUUGAAAAUAUUUUGUGUUGUUGUUUUUUAAAAAAAAACACACAAGCAAACCUGAUCCAGGUGGACUUGCAGCCUGUCCCUUUUCAUGUUUUGCCUUAGUUUCUCAUUCCCCCCCCCCAAUAUGGAGGAGAGAAAUGGCUUAUCUCUUCUGUACAGAACGGCAACAUCCUGCAGCAGCUCCUAGGAGAGCCAACCCCUUGACCCGGAGAGUCCCACCAGUCCCAGAGCUCGGAAAGGUGUAGAUGCAAAAGUUCUCCCCACCAAAGAAGCCUGAAGCUGCCAUUCAUUUAUGUGGGCAUGGAAGGACCCCGGAGACAGAGAGGACUGGAGUCUUGUCAAGGCUGGUUUUAGUUUGAGACACACAUGGGUCUCUGCAAAAAGUUUGCCGGUUUCUGCAAGAAGUCCCUGCAGCCCACCCACCAGUUGCCAUGGCCAUCAGAAGGGAAUCGGGGGGGGGGGGGAGACAUCCCUUCUCAACCCUUUCGUUCUCUGGACUGAAAGCAACUGUGUUCUGCUAUCCAUUGAUACGCUUAAAGAAAAAAGAAGAGGACAAAUGACUAUUGAAGUUCUCCGUUGUGAACAUUUUGACACUGGAAAGUGCUGAUUUAUGAAAAUGGGUUGAUUUUGAAGCAUUUUGGAGGCAGCUGUUUCUAAGCGUCCUCCAGCUUCUUAAUACCCAAGAGCAAACCCUUAAGACUGUUCAGGAGGGUGGUUUUUUUUUUUUAAUAGGGGUGUUUUUCUUUUUCUUUUUGCACAUCGGAAAUGAAGCAAAAGACCUGCCCGGGCCCUUUAGUCACUUUAGGAUCCUUUAAUGUUCAUUAACUUAUUUUAUUUUUUUUAAUACUUGAAAAGAAGAUUUGUGUUUAUACAUUUCUAAGCGAGCGGUGAGCGAGUGAUGAUGGGAUUACGUGUGCCUGCUGUGUGCCCCCCGUCCCCCAAUCUGUUUUGUUUCGUCUCAUCCGACCUCUCCCUGAGUCUACUCAUUAGGGUUCUUCUCAAUGGUGUUUCUGUUACGCGUGCUCAGCCAUGGAGGGGAGAUGCUUUUGAAGUCCCAGAGCAUCGAAUCUGUGUCUUGGACUGCCCCUUGAACCGUGUUGAAGUGCCCACCCCUUAAAGAUGCAGGAUUUCCAAGCAGAUUCCUUGACAAAUCUCCCACCUGCUGCAGAGAUGGUCGAUGUUAGGAUUUUUCGUCCUGCACUCAUUCUCCGUGUUCUGCUCCCUGAAUUGAUGGGAAAGGUUAUUUACUUAGUUUAACUCCUGCUGCAGGUUUUGCAGCGAAAGCACUCCAGUGUGGAGGCACGGCCGCUCCCUCUCUUCCCUAUGUCCACCCCCCCCCCAGUGGAUCUAAAGGGCAAGCCAUGCUGGUACCUUCCAGCCUGCCUCCAAGUGAAGGAUUAGCACAAGCCCCACUAGGUCUCCCCCAAGCCUUCCUCUGUAGGGGUCAGGAAGGGUUUGGGGGCUUAGGGCUCCUCCUCACCCAAUGCCGUAGCAAAUAGAACACAACACAGACUAGACUCUUCUCUGUCACCAGCUGAAAGGUCCCGUAAGCACACAGUCCUUUGCCGUAUCUCCCUGGAUGGUGCCAACCUGCAGCUUCCAAACUCUGUUCUUCAUUUUAAUUUUUUUAAGGUGACUUGGCCGCGAGUAUUGAAACGAUGUUUAUUUUUAUCUCUGUGGACGUCUAAUGUGCUGUUUCUUUUAUUUACAGCCAAGGGAGAUGAUAGUCCACUUUGGAAGGGGGUGAGGAAUGUCGCUUUUGGUUCCCAGGUUUAAGACAAGAACAGCAUUUCUGUGCCGUCAGUCAUAUGCAGAAGAGAGACUUGCAGCACUCUGCUUUCCCAGAAUGCAGUGCUUUGACAGAGAAAAAACACUCUUGCCACAACUCUCUCAGAGGGGUAAGAGCACUGUCCCGUAAUCGGUUGGCAGGUGAAGUAGCAGUCCUUCAGAAAUUGCUAGCCCAGUUUGGGUGAGACGGAGCCACCAGGGCUUCCUCGCUGUCAUCCGCGGCUGGUGCCUCCGAAAGGGGACCGCAAACCAUUCUGCCAGAGCUCUGCGGGUGCCAUUUCAGCACUGCAGUGGGGAAAAGUUAAGCCUUCCAGUUAAUGGCAAAUGACCCCUGCUGCUUGUCUCUCAGAAAGCCGAACAAAGGGAGCAUGUGUGAGAUAAUUUAAAAGAAGACAAAAAUCCUUAGAUGUAGGCUGAGCGUUCAAGCAGAACUUGUGUACCUUUUUUUACGUCACAGUGCAUUAAAAGUCAGUCUAGGUACAGAUUCCUGGGGGAAGACAUUGCCAUUUUUAACCUACUUACAAACAGCAGGCCUUGGAGCCUUUGCCUGAAUUUAAGUGUGUGAACAGGAGGCACCAUUUCCUCAGUAGGACUGUUUCUGCAUUUUUACGUAGGAGCCUUUCCAAUUGGUAUGAAGGGCGUAAAGGGCUGCCAAAGAGAGAGAGAGGGCAUUUUCUCCUCAUAUAUGAUGUGCAAAUGGCCUCCUUAUUUGAAUGUUAAAAAGAAAGAGAUGCUUCAGAUGUUAGGAGUAUUGUUUCUCUGCUUUAUUAUUUUUUUAAGUGUCUUGGUGCAGACUGAUGAAGGUGUUGCAGCUGACUGGUGAGACUUAAUACAGCUCUUCCUUCUAACUUGUAAUGUUACACAAGGUUUGCUUUUCUCGUAGCCAUGCUUUCUUUCAGCAGCAGGUAGCACGCACAGGGGAGCAGUGCUUCAUAUUUUUAAAAGAUCUUUUUAGUGUCCUGAACGGGUGGUAAAAGACCGUCUUAAUCUGUUCUCAGCUUUUCUAGUUUCUUUUUAAAAUAGUGCUUGAAAUUGAAGAUUUUUGUUUUCGGGAAAGGAAACCGAAUUCUUACAAACUCCUAAGAGUUUUCUCAGCCUGCGUUCCUAAAAUCUAGCUGUGGGUUAUGUUAGCUCCUGGAAUUAAUAAUCCACACAGAAGUAGACUGGCCUGCACAAAAAGAGGAUAUAUAGAGAAAAAGAUUGGUCCAACAGCGUGGUUACAUGGUCCCCCCCCCCCCAAUUUUAAUACGGUGAGUGCACAGGAAGUUUCCAGUAUGUGUCUCAGCUGCUAUCGCUUUUCUGCAGACAGUAUUGCUCCAUUCAAGGAUAACGUCUCUCUUUUUAAUUACGUCAUGAAACAGAAGCCCUUCACGGGUUUUGCCAAGUGUCCCUUAAUGUCCUUCCUCCACAAAGGCAUGGCCCAGAGUGACAGUCCAACCCCCUUGGUUCAUGCUGCUCUUCAAAUGGGAUAUCUGUACAUUUUGAUCUUUAGGCUAAGUGGGGCUGAGGGCUUAAAGGAAAUCAUCCAGGUGGAAGAGUCGCAUUUAAACUCGGGCAUGCAAGCGCCUGCUUUCAGGCCUGCCCACUUAUUUUUCAGUAUGUUUCCUCGGAGUCUGGCUGACAAGAGGGUUUGUAGGACUGGCGUCUUUCAUAUUCAAGAUUUCAAAUUCCAGCCCAACUCUUCGAAAAUCUGCACAUAUACAUUUUUGAAGCUGGUCUUUCCGUUUCCGGUGGAUUUUUUUUUUAAAGUGUGCGUAUCUCUUUUAUUUCAUCUCGUUUUCCAGUCGCCAAUUCAAAUUUAAUUUACAAAGCAGGGUGUUCAAGGGUAGGCAUUAUAAACAGAAAGGGCAGAACAAACCAUAAAAAGUAGAUUGACUUGUAGAGUUGGUUGGUGUCCUCCUGCCAGGAUUUCUCUUUCUCCCUUCACAUUUACAUUACUAUACCGCUGUUGAUUUAAACUCAGCAGUUGGAUCCCACCAAUCGCUUUCGUGCCUGUGAGGGAUUUUUGCCAGUUCAGCCCUGGCUUCCUCUGACUCCCCCCCCCCCUCAGCAGCAUUUGGGGAGGGGGUACGUUUUAGACUGCAGCAGCAGCAGCAGCAGGGGAGCGGCAAAGAAGCCAAACUCUGCUGUUGGAAAUCCUUCAGCCAGUUUAGAUUUUCAGUUGUGAGUGUUGGAUAUGGUCUCUUUGGUUAUCCACGAGCCACUUCCCUCAAAGAGAACAGGAAUGUCAGACUGUACAUUUAAAAAGCCUGGUCUUCUGUGGGGGGGAACGUUAUUCCCCAAAGGAAGUACAGUCUUGUUUUGAGGGGUUUUUUUUGUUUUUGUUUUUUAAUUGGCUUUUGGGGAAUGGAUCCUUGGAAAUGGGCUGCCUCCUGCAAAAGCUGAUAAAUCACCUCCCUCCUGUCAUUCCCAUGCAGUAAUUCAUUCCUGAAGAAGAGCAAUAAAAUAUUUCAGUUAGGAGGUAGGAAAUCCUAGGAUUCUCUCAUAGCGCAAUAAGGCGAGGCCGUCACAUUCUUCUAUUGUGUUUGCUCCUGACUGCACACUGAACAUCUAAGCAGUCUUGCUUGUUGUUAUAUACAUGGUGUAUGCACCCUUUCUUUGAUUUUCAUCUUGAGUUUUGUGAAACGAAACCCUGUAUUGUAGUAGAAAAAUGCCACCUCUUUCUCCACCAGAAGUUAGGAAUUGUAUAGAAAACAUUUUAAAGUGCUUAUCUAGUUCCAUAUGAGAGUGUUGAAGCUUGAAAUAACCAAGGAUUCCCUUGUUGGUAAAGUGGUAGGGAGAAAGCUAGCUACACAAAAGCCCUGGAAUGUGACUACAGAAGUUUUAGUGCCAGAGUCUGAGUUUGUAGAACCUGGGAAGGCAGAAAUAUAUUGCACAGGCAAAAUGCACACCAAACGUGGUCUCUGAAGAUUUGUGCGCCUCUGAGUUAUUCUAGGUUGUCUAGGGGAGGUUUUCAUGGGAUCACUACCCAUUCUUGCCAUUUAGGAAGAGGAAAAUGUGGCUUCAGUCACAGCAUCUUCUCCACCGCUGCAGCCCAGCAGCAAAGGGAGUAUGGCUGUACGCUGGAGAUUAAAGCGUCCUUUCAUCCAGGACGGAGCUAUUAUUCCACAGUUUUAUUUUCUGUAAUGUCGAUCAAAGAGAGGGUGCCUGCUUUCUUUUCCGAACAGCGUGGGGAGGCUGACUUCAUUUAGCGACGCCAUGUGGAUUAACCCCCUUCUCCACCCGUGCCAGAGUCCUGAUUUGAAUUGGGGCCUGCACCGCAGCUCUUUGAGGGCUCUGAACUAACAGAGCACACGUCACCCACCAUCAUGUCUGUUCUGGCCACGAUGAGGCAAAGUACGGAUUGUGUUUGUCGGUAGGAUUGCAGACCAUUUCUGCUAUGCCCGCGUCAAUACGGCUAUUAAGAACCAGCCUUCAUCCUGUAAACUGAUAGGAAUCUGGCUGGCCUUUUAUGCCUGCUUGUGCUCUACAGCAGUGCAGAAGAACGUCAGUCGGUAUGUCAGUUCAGUAUAAACAAUCACGCUUCCGUCCCAAGCUGCCCCAUGCUGGACAACUAGAAGAGUGCGUUUCAACUCUUAACAACAUCACAAGUCUGUUUCCACCCCUACAGUUUUCGCUCAAGCCCCAGUAAGGGUCUACAUCUCCAUGUACUGAAUGUAGAGACAGGCUGGCUAUAUUUCUAGCUUGAAUGGUGGAUUUUAUUGCUCCAGGAACACGAAUCGUAUUUUCUCUCCCGCUGUCUUAACGUUUCCUGUAAGACUUUAUGGCCUCCGUGGUCUCAUCCGGGAGUCUCGUUCUGUCUUUUAAGUGCAGCGUUUGGCCCUCCUUUUUAGGACAUGGUGCUAAUGCAGAAGUAACAAGAAGCACACUUGUUGCUCUCUCUGUGGGUUUUUAAUCUUUUCUUUUUUUAAAAAAAAAUACAGAAUGCUUCACAGCAUCCACAGUUACGUCUACCGUUGCAUGAUCUACUAGUGUGAACUUUUGAUAGAGGGGAAGAAACACCCCAAAACUAUGGUCACCCCCUCCUCCAAAUGCUCCCUUCGUUUUGGGUUUAAGAAAACAAAUUUAACCAGAUUGUUUACAUUUGGACUCAGAGAGGAAAGUGUGUGUGUGUGUGUGUUUCAAAUUCAUGAGUUUUUUAAAAAACAUGCUGUGAGUUGGGACUGUUAGUUUUUCUUUUUGCAAUAAAGAACAUCAUGAAGCAGGUGGUUGAUGCUUAGAGGCAAAGGAGAAUCCCUCCCAGUGCCUGAUGCGCAUAGAAGCUCCCAAGGAUUCCCCCACCUUCCAGGGCACAAUUGAUGGAAUUUCAUAAGCGGGGUAGAGUUGAACGGAUGAGAAUGUCACUAAAGAUACAGGUUGGGGUAAUGUCAUGUUCUGAUGGCAUUUCAGUAAAUUAAUUUUAUAUAUGUGUGUGUGUGUGUGUGUGUGUGUGUACACGUGUACAGAGAGAGAGAGAGAAAAGUACAUUUGUAUGUCAAAACCAGUCCCAGUGAAGGGAUUUAAUGUGGUACCUUCCCCUUGGGACAGGUGGGAACUCUGAUAUUCAGACUGUUUUAUAGCCGACGUCUGUGCAGUGUAACAGGAAACUGUGUUUACUGUACUUUUUUCAUGUCUAAGAAACCCAAGUCCGUUUUACUCUCCCCCCACACACACACUUGGUUGCAUUUCAUUCUGUAUGUUCUUAUGCACACUUGUGUUGAUGGUGUUAAAGAUUUUAGCACCUUGGGUC